AUGCUGUCAGUGAGCAAGCCGGCGUCGCUAGUCCAGCAGAAGAAGCAGCAGUGGGCGCGGGAGAGAGAGGAAAUGUCCCACCUCUACUUGCCGUGGGGCUCCGGCGAACGGUAUACGAAUCGUUUGCAAGUGCGGAACCAAUUUGCCAGUACAUUAGAACUACAUAAACAGUCGUCUUACGAGUAUCAGGAGCCCGUGCAGCGUCAAAGAAGUCCAAGUUUGCCGCCGAUACAUAAUAUUGAGGAGAGAUCUAUGAAAGAUGAGAGAAGGAAUACAGUGCUUAAUCGGAAUAUGACGAGUGCGAAGAGGUUCUCAUUUUACGACGAAGACGGAGAAGGCGAUACUUCUGGGUACGGCAGUGAAACAUUGAACCAUAUGAACAGAACCGGACACAGGGCUAUUCACGAAGCCAACAACCACAGUCCUGUCGUGGCGUGGCAACAAGAAGGAAAAGACGACAGGAAUAGGGAUUCUAGUGGCGGUAAGUCAGGCAUGUCGGAUGGGGCGUGGUCAGCCAGAAGUCCACGGACGUCGGAAGAAGGCCGGCUACGAUGGGGCGACCGUGGCGUCGCCACUGGCAGGCUCUGGGAACCUACUGCGCCUAAUGCUAGACUGCCCCAGAUGCCCAAUCAAAAAAAAGGCACGCCAUCUUGGGUCGAGCGUGGAUUGAAUAUGAUAGACAACACAGCAGAGGUUCUAGUCAUUGACCAAAGAAGUUCUAGUAAUAGCACUGGAAUAGAUUGCGAUAGAUCUUCAUGCAACGGAAGUGAUGAAGGAAGGACGUUUUUAAGAGGACAAAAUGUUCCCAUUGAGCCUGAAAUCAAAGCUCAACGAGAAAACAAACGCUUAAAAGCAUUAGAGUUGCAAUCAGCGAUACUGAAUCAAUUGGAAGACAGAGAGAAACGGCGUCAAGAAGAGAGAGAACGGCAGCUUAGAGAAGAAAGACUAGAAGAACUUCGUAUACAAAGACAACAAGAAGAAGACAGACUAAGACUAGAGGAAGAACGAAGAAAAUUAGAAGAAAAGCAAUUGAUGGAGCAAAAGAAAUUAGACACAUUGAAGAGAGCUCUAGAAGACGCUGAAAGAAAAGCGAAGCUAGAAAAAGAGAAGAGAUUUAGUUUCCAUAAAAGAAAUGCAAAUACUAAUUCAGAUAACGUUCCUAAACCUAAAGUAGAAGAAACUCCAGUAGUGACCGAGUCCACGCCACGUGUAGAACCUACAAGUCCUACCAAAACAAGUAGAACAUACGACAUUCAUUCCGCAAAAAGUCAAAAAAGGGAAUGCAACUCCCACCAAACAACAGAAUUUAAUUCACCACGAUCAGUAGGCCCAGGAAAUCUAAAUUUGUUUAUUCAUAGCGUACCUCCAUUAGCUUUAGCGGAUGGACAAUUUAACAUCGUGCCGAUUGGGUUAAAUGGUGCUAAUGAAGUUAUAAACACACAGCCAAAUAAUAUACAAUUAGCAGUAUUAGUACCUCAGAAUGUGGCCAACAAUUUGUAUAGCGUUUCAUUAAACAAUAAUGUGAAUGAAAUUAAUGAUAUAGGAAAAUUAUUAACACCAAAUAAGUACAGGACCAUGAGAAUGAAAGAUGCAGCAACUCAAACCGAUUCAAUAUUUAAAUCUACAACCGAUAAAAUUAUAGAAACCGAGGAACCCGAAAGAAACAUUGAUAAAGAUUAUCCUAACAUUGACGAGAAUGCGCCACAGGACAGUCAUCAUAACACGUUGAAAAAAGAUAGACGUUUUAGAUCUGAAGAGAGAUAUAAAAAAGAUUUGGAAAAUCGUCCAAAGUGGGGCGUUAAUAGACCUGCUGCUCAAUACAAAAAGCAAAGUGAAAAAGAUCCAUUCUACAGCCAAAAGAGAAAGAUGCGUCAAAAGUACAGACCUCAAGCAAGACAAUAUUUAUCACAUUCUAGUGAUGAUAGUCGUUCUCCAAGUCCACCUACAAGGUCUGAAAAAACAAUCGAAAAUGGAAAUAAACACAGAAACUCAUUAAGUCAAUCUUAUUGGCGAAGUAAACGGUCUAGUCAAGAUUUAUCAAAAUCUUUAAAUGUAUCUGAGAUAACAAACAAUUUACAGCCUGAUUUUAAUUCUUUAGCACAAUUAACAGGUACCGAAAUCACAGAAACUAAAAAAUCACCUAAAGCGUCUCCAAUGAAAAGAAUGACCUUAUCGCAGAAAUUUAUCAACGACAAAUAUGGUAACAGAAAAUUAUGGAUAGAUGACAUUAAUGAGAGAAAUGGAAAAUCUAACCAGUUUGACGCUGAAAACAGAAAGAAAAUUAUAGACCAAAUAAAUACUGCCAAAAGAGAACUUUACGACAAACACGAAGAACAAGAAAAUUAUGUAAAAACCAAAUUUUAG